AUGUCACAUUCCAAAGAAUCGAAAGAUUUAUCAAGUUCAACAUCAUCAUUAUCAUCAUUUUCAUCGAAACAUAAUGGAUUAGCAUUAUCUUCAAAUGAUAUUAAAGCUAAAUUAAAAGGAUUAUUUCAUCGUCAUUCUCGUGGUGAUGCGAAUCUUGCUCAGGUUGUUAUUUGUAAACGUUUUGCAAAAGUUCCAAUGCUUUUUCUUGCUAAACGUCGACAAAGACGAAAAAUUUCUAUUGAAAAUAAUGAUAAUUCAUAUACAGAUGAUAAUGCUGGUAUAAUGGCUUUAUCGUCAUCUGGAAAACUUUCAUUCGAACAAGUUCCGGAAACAUUUGAAGAUUAUACACAAAAAUUGGAAGAAGCGUUGGUGCUAUUAAGAAAUAUGACACGUGAAGAUUAUGAAAGUGAAAUAACACUUAAAAUUCUUCGUUUUCUUGAAAAUCUAAUUCAUCAACCUAAAGAAUGGAUUUCUGGAGCAAAAUUAAAAUUAUCUGAAAUGAAAUUUCCAGAAAUGGCAAUGACUCUAAUGAAUAGUUAUAAAGAAAAAGGUUAUUUAGUACGACGUAUAGUUUUUGUUCAUAGUAUAUUACUUUACAAUUCAAUGAGUAAUUUUACUGAUCAUGAAUUUGAUAAAGAAGGACUUAUUAGAAAACAAUCAGCUGAUGCUGGUUUUAUUGAAUUUGGUUGUGAUAUACUCAAUGAUCCAUCAUAUCGUGAAUCAUUAAGAAAAUGUUACGUUAUUCAAAGCCCAGAAGAAACAAUGCAAAGUGAUGAUUUUAAUAAUUAUCAAAAAAUUUUAUAUAUAUGUGAUUCAGCAUUAACGAUUCUUUAUAAUUUAGCUAAUUUACCAGAACUUAAAAUUCAUUUUCGAGAAUGCAAUGCUAUGACUAUAAUUGCUGAAUUUACAAAACUACCAACAAAUACAAUUCAAAUACAAUUUCCUGAAAUAACGGAUAAUGAAGAAUAUAUAUUAAGUAUAAAAGAAUUACAAGAUGUAGCUAGUGCUAUACGUGUUACAUCAUGUUUAUUGUUACCAUUAAUAAUGAAUGAAGAUGAAGAUAAUCUUUUAGCUACAAAUACAUCAGAAGUUCUCCCAUUAUUAUCUGGAAUGAUUCAAAUGUAUAAUAGAAAUGAUCAGAGAUUUUAUGGAUUUUCUUUUAUUGAACUUGUUGAUGGUUUAUCAAAAUUAAUGGUUCGUGGACGUACACAUACAUUUAUCGAUCAAAAUCUUGUUAAUCUUCUAUUAAAUAUUCUUGAACAUUCAACACAAGAUAAUUCUUUACUUGAAUGUGUAUCAAAUGCAAUAUUAAAUGCUGCAUUUGAUGAAAGAGUUCAAAAAUUUCUUGAUUCUGAUCAUGCUAUUAAUGUAAUAAGAUCUACUAAACAUAGUAGUCAAAGUCAACUUGUUAAAAAAAAUUGUGAAGCUAUUCUUUGGACACUCAAUCGCAUUCCACAUAAAUGUUCAUCAACGAUUAGUAACUCAUGUAAAUUACAAGGUCAUAUUAUGAUCUCAUAUAAUCGAUCUGUUACGGCAAUGUGUUUAAAAAUUCGAGAUCGUCUCAAAUCAUUACAUUAUAAUGUAUGGCUCGAUGUUGAUAAUAUCAAUGGUGGUGUUUUGGAAUCAAUGGCUCAAGCAGUGGAAAAUUCAUCUAUAGUAUUAAUUUGUAUGAAUGAACAAUAUAAACAAAGUUAUUACUGUCGACUUGAAGCAGAAUAUGCAACGGAAUUGAGAAAACCAUGUAUUCCAUGUUUAAUGCAACCACGAUUUCGUCCCUAUGGAUGGCUUGGAAUAAUUAAAGGAGCAAAAAUUCAUGUUGAUUUUGCAACAUCACCUUUCGAAGAAGCAUUUGCAUUAUUAAUUCGUGAAAUAGAAACCAUACGAAGAGAUAUAAUGAUGAAAAAUAAUAAUAAUACUCAAGAUAAAACUCCUCCACCUCUUUAUCAUCAACCUAGUAUUGGAUAUAGUCCUAUCUAUAAUAGUAAUACUAUUGAUGGGAAUUCAUUAGAAUUUAAAAAUAAACAACGAAAUGUAAAUAUAAAUAAUCCUAUUCUUGAUUGGAAUGUAAAUCUUGUUCAACAAUGGUUAGUACGUAUAGGAUUAUCACAUCUAGAAAAUGUUUUUACGAAUAUUGAUGGAAAAUUAUUAUGUAAAUUAUAUCAAAUGAAACAAUUAGCUGCCGAUUCAUAUUAUAGUUUUCUUGCAAAACAUUUUGAUCGUCUAGAAAUAAUACACAUGAGUGAUACAUUGAAGUUCGAUUAUGAACUUGAAUGUCUUUUUCAAUAA